AUUCUGUCUCGCACGCAUCGAGGUCCUGAUCUUCGUUUUUUCAAAUCAUACCAAACCCAAAACGAAGCUAACAAGAACGCUUUCUAUAAACCCUAAUUCUCCUUCCAAAGUACCCCAAAUUUUCGAUUUUAAUUACAAAAAUACCUCAAUUCCUUUGUUCUUCAGUUGAUCCAGUUAUAUGAAUUUUGAAUUGAAUUCUCUGUUCGGAAAAUGAUCGUUAGAACGUACGGCCGGCGUAGUAGAAGCAUGUCCCGAAGCUACUCUGAUUCAGGCUUAAACGGCGAUGUUUCAGAAGAAGGUUCUCAAGAUAUUUACAAUUUUGGGUUUUCAUCUCAAGACUCGGUUCACUGGAAUAAUUCAGAUCCAUACGCAUAUGAUGCCGCCGGCUCAUCUCAGGAAUUGACGAUUUUGCCCUCAAGAAAGGAAGAUAGGGAUGAGGAUUUUUGGAAUCCCAAGAAGGUGAAAAAGGUGUUUGAUUGGGAGCCUUAUAGUUUGAAUUCAUCCCAAGAAUCGGACGAAUUGGGGCAGAAUGGUAAUUUUGGCAAAUUUGAUGGGGGUUUACUAGAACCGAAGAAGUUGAAGGGCAAGGAAAAUGGGUUUUUACAGAAGAAGAAGAAGAAGGUCAAAUCUAAGGAGCUGGGAUUGCCAUCGCUGGGGCCCACGGCGACAUUAAUGGAGACACAAGAGUGUGGUGAGAUGAUGGAACAUAUGGAUGAGGUGAAUUUUGCUUUGGAUGGUUUAAGGAAAGGGCAGCCUGUGAGGAUCAGAAGGGCCAGUUUAUUGUCAUUGCUUUCUAUAUGUGGAACAGCUCAGCAGCGUCGCCUGUUACGCGCUCACGGGAUGGCAAAAACAAUUAUUGAUGCUGUUUUGGGACUCAGCUUCGAUGACUCCCCUAGCAACCUUGCUGCAGCAGCUCUAUUCUACAUUUUGACCAGUGAUGGAGGUGAUGACCGGCUUCUUGAUUCACCCAGCUGCAUUCGCUUUCUUAUAAAAUUGUUAAGACCGGUUGCCGCUCCUGCUCUGAUAGCAAAGGCUCCAACUAUUGGGAGCAAGCUUUUAGCAAUGCGCUUAGAUGCUGAUGUUUCUCAAGAUAGUGUAAAAGGGCUAGAUUCUACUUCCUCUUCAAUAAUAGGCAAGGUGCAGGAAGUUCUUGUUUCUUGCAAGGAAAUAAAGCCAAGUGAUGGAAAUGAUGGACAUGGCAGACCAGAGAUAACCCCAAAAUGGAUUAGUCUACUGACAAUGGCAAAAUCUUGCUUGUCUACUAUCUCCAUUGAAGAUACUUCUGGCACUGUGCGGAGAAGUGGGGGCAACUUCAAAGAAAAGCUGAGAGAGCUUGGAGGACUUGAUGCGGUCUUUGAGGUGGCAAGGAGUUGUCAUUCUGUAUUGGAGGGGUGGUCAGAGCUAAGCUUGCAGUCCGUGUCAGAUUCUAAAGAUUAUGCAGCCCUAGAAAGUCUGGUGCUGCUUUUAAAAUGUUUGAAAAUCAUGGAAAACGCGACCUUUCUUAGUAUGGACAAUCAGACUCACUUGCUUCAAAUGAAAGGAAAAUUAGAUGGUCUGAACUCCCCAAGGUCUUUCACAAAGCUAAUCUUAAGCACGAUCAAGAUUCUCUCAGGUGCUUUCCUGCAUAGAACUUCUUUGGACAGUUCCAACAAUGGAAAAGUCUGUAACCUUUCAGCUGGAACUGCUCAUGCUUCAGAAUUACGUUCACUAUCAGACAAGAAAGAUGGAAAUUGUCAGAUUAUGUGCAUUGAUUCUUCUACGACGUGCUAUACAAGUGAAGGUUCCUAUUCUCAGAAGAACUUAGGUAGUGAAAAUCGGAUUGGUUCAGCCGCAUCCAAUUUAGAGUCUGCUAGUACUUCCACCAGUGAUUCUUGGCAGCUUAAAUUGAGGAUUGAAUCUUCUAAGGAUGGGUCAUGUAGUGGAACCUCUGGGGCCUUCAGUUUUGGGGUCAAGAAGAAUUCAUCAAGAGUGAGUUUUUCAAUUGGUGAUAGUCAAAGAAGUAAUGGAGAGAAGAGACUUGAGCUUAUGGAAGAGAGUCAAGAUCCUUUUGCAUUUGAUGAUGAGUUUGAACCUUCACGAUGGGAUUUACUGUCUAAGCCAAAGGCGCCUCAAGCUCGAAGUAGGCAGACAUCGUUUCUUGGACGCGAUGAUGAAUACCAAUCUCUCUCUGUGCUAAGCCAGCCAGAGUCAAGUAGCCAGGAGAACAAACAAGAGUCAAGUAGCAAGGAGAACAAACAAGAGUCAAGUAGCAAGGAGAACAAUCAAUCUGAUCAGGCCUCUUGUUCUUCUGCAGAUGAGGAAAUGUCGACCCUUCUGGCAGAUUGCCUUCUCACAUCUGUUAAAGUUCUGAUGAACUUGACGAAUGACAACCCUAUGGGCUGUCAGCAAAUUGCUGCCAGUGGUGGGCUGGAAGCUUUGUCUGCUUUGAUUGCUAGCCAUUUCCCGUCCUUCAGCUUGCAUAUGGAUUCUAAUGGGUCACCAAAAUCAGGUGUAGUAUCUGAUAGUGAAGGUCAUCUCAACGAUCAAGAGCUAGAUUUUCUUGUUGCUAUUUUGGGCUUGCUUGUUAAUUUGGUGGAGAAGAAUGGCUGCAACAGGUCGAGACUUGCAGCUGCUAGUGUUUCAUUGCCUGGAUCAGAAGGUUUUGAGGGGGAGAGCCAGACAGAUGUUAUCCCUCUGCUAUGUGCAAUCUUUCUGGCAAAUCAAGGGGCUGGAGAGGCUGCUGAGGAAGGAAAAAGUUUGCAAUGGGAUGAUGAAGAUGCUGUAUUACAGGGAGAGAAAGAAGCUGAAAAAAUGAUUAUAGAAGCUUAUUCAGCUCUCCUUCUUGCCUUUCUUUCAACUGACAGCAAGAGCAUACGACAGGCAAUUGCUGGUUAUUUACCAGAUCAUAAUUUGUCCGUUCUUGUACCCGUGCUGGAGAGAUUUGUGGAAUUUCACAUGACGCUGAACAUGAUUUCACCGGAGACUCACUCAGCAGUGCUUGAAGUUAUAGAAUCUUGUAGGGUUCGGUGAGAGAACAGGAACUCGGACGUUUUCUUUUCCUUCUGUGCCUUGUCCUCAAUAUGAGAAAGAAGAUGGUACCAAUGAAACUUUGUACAUCCUACCCACUCUUCUCUGCAGCAUUCAUUAUUACAUGACGGGCAUCUAUUGGUGCAUUGCAAAUCCUAUCUUUGGUUUUAUGAGUCAUGGGCUUUUGUUUGACUAUUAUUUUUCUAAAGUUUAGGGGAUAAUUUUUUUUUUCUAUUUUCCAGCCGAUUGUCACUUCUUGUGAGGGCUGAGAUGCUUGUACAUGAAGAACAAUCUUGGAUGUGAAACACAGAAUGUAAUUUGUAGUAAUUUUUUAGUGAUGGUUUCUUUAUCUGGCGA